GGGAAAGGGGUAAGGGGUAGAAAUGGGAUUGGGCCUUAAUGUAAAUGCAAGUUGUUUUAACAUUCUUUUUUUUCGUUUUCAUUAAUACCUUUUUCUUGCCAGGGUGGAGAUGUAAUGCUCUGCACACGCAAAUGUACAUGCUGGAGGGGUUGUCCAGAUGGAACAUCAAUCGGGCCCAGCAGGCUCUGAAUAUGAGUGUCACGUCACAAACUCGGAUUGAUGAUGUUCGUCUGAUGUCCAGUGUGAACGCCCUCAGCAACAGAGUCCUGGGAAGUGCACUUCUUCAAGAGUUUACACCCCCGGGUAAACCUACCGGUAAGAUUCUCAUGGCAACAAAAGAACAGAUGCUGAACAAUAUUCUAUUAAUGCCAAACUGCCAGAUCAUGAUGGUUACACUCACUCUUUCUACUUCAAUCUUAUUUUUCCUGGUGACUACUUAUGGCAGGUGAGCUUAUUGCGGUGGAGUAUUUGCUGGCCCAGUCCAACAGAGGAGAUCUGCUGAGUGCGCCUGACGCAAUUGGCGCCAACCUGCCAGAGGGGCCGGAGGAAGUUCAGGAGGAUGAGUUUCCUGAUGAGACAAUACCUCAGGCCACUGAUAUUCUUUUCCCGUCUUCUUCUCCGGAACCUACAGCUGAAAGUGAAGGUGCAUCUCGGAGUCCUGUCAGCUCCCCAUUUGAGGACAGUGGGCCUAUCACUUCAACUCCGGAUAGUCGGUGUGAUCCCAGAGGCAUUCCCGGAUGGGAGGCAGUCGAUGCCUUGGCAGGGUACCUUGUCAGCCUCAACCGGACGAUAACUGCUCUUUCGAACCAAGAAAUAGCAGAUAUACUGAGGUUGUACUCCAGCCUGGAUGGAAUCGACAAGUCCCCAACAAAGUACUCCCUAAAAAAUAAGAAGACAACCUUGCCAGGGCCAUGGAGAGCCUCUCGGAAACGCAGUGGCUCUGCUCCAGGCCAACAAGCAGCCGAGAGAUUGUUCAUGGUUCAUGGCCAGGCUGCCCAUAGACCCGAUUACACCAGGGUCUCUGAGUGUGUUGCACUGAAGCUUUUCAAGGAGUUCAAGGAAGGCAGAAAUAGACCCUAA